GGUGGCGCCACAAGGACACACGUCCGUCCUGUCAUACAAGUGAAGGACUGUGUGUGCAGCGGCCAGCAGCCUCCUCCAACCUCCGCCUGGACUGGGACAAGCUCCACCAAAAGCAAGCCACCAGCUGCGGAAGUGCCUCUUCUAGCAGCCAUCCAUGACAUUCUUCAGGCUCACAUUCAAGUGCUUCGUCGACGGCUUCUGACGGACACAACCCACUCGGCCGCGUCUCUUGGUUGAGCUAACGUGAGGCUGCAUCGUCCAAAAACUGCGUGACAUUCAUUUGAGUGUUUCUCAAGAAAGUUGGGGGGCAAAUGCCGAAAAGAGCAGCGACACACAUCUUACCUGUUGUGACUCAGUGCGUGUCCAAAGGUAUGGGGGAGAAUACUCAAGGUGAACUCGGCCACACACAGAUGGAAGCAGGGGACUUGUCUGAAACAGAGGGUGAGGAAUCAGCUCACCCUCUGCGGCCUGUGCCUAGUGCGGGUCCAGGGCAUGGUGUGGGUGGAAGAGUGAGCCAAGAUGGAAGUAAUAAGGCUGUUGCAGUACCAGUGGUGGAGAGAGUAACUUGGACCAGACAAAUGGACUUCAUCAUGUCGUGCAUAGGAUUUGCUGUAGGCCUGGGCAAUGUGUGGCGCUUCCCUUACCUUUGCUACAAGAACGGAGGAGGCGUGUUUCUUAUCCCCUACCUGCUGAUAGUUUUCUUUGGGGGCAUCCCAGUAUUUUUCUUGGAAAUCGCUCUGGGACAGUUCAUGAAGCAGGGAGGGGUCUCUGCCUGGAACAUUGUACCUCUUUUCAAAGGUCUUGGCCUGGCAUCAAUGGUGAUUGUGUUUUUCUGCAACACCUACUACAUCAUGAUUCUUGUGUGGGGGCUCUACUUUCUCUGCCAUUCUUUCACUAAUCCACUGCCAUGGGCCACCUGUGGACACCCCUGGAACACUCCCAAAUGCACAGAGGACUUCCAUCACACCUGCCAAAGCAGUUCUCAAGACAUGAAUCACAGCUGUAUAGAGACUGAUGGCAUGCGCUCCCCAGUCCUGGAGUUUUGGGAGCGCAAAGUUCUCCAUCUGUCUAGUGGGAUUCAUCAGCCCGGUAGCAUCAACUUUGAGGUUGUGCCAUGUCUGAUUGCCACUUGGAUCAUUGUUUAUUUCUGCAUAUGGAAAGGAGUUAAAUCCACAGGAAAGGUUGUAUACUUCACAGCUCUGUUCCCUUAUGUGGUUCUGGUUAUUCUGUUGGCCCAUGCCCUCACCUUACCUGGAGCUUCAAAUGGAAUUAUAUACUACCUGAAACCAAAUUGGUCCAAACUGGGAGAAGCACAGGUAUGGAUUGAUGCUGGUACACAGAUUUUCUUCUCCUAUGCCAUCGGACUCGGUGCCCUGACUGCGCUGGGCAGCUACAACCGCUUCCAUUACAACUGUUACCAAGAUGCAUUUGUGCUGGCUGCCAUUAAUAGUGGAACCAGCUUAUUUGCAGGCUUUGUCGUGUUUUCUGUGUUGGGCUUCAUGGCGGCAGAGCAAGGUGUGGACAUCAGUAAGGUAGCUGAGAGUGGUCCUGGCCUGGUCUUUAUAGCAUACCCCAAGGCUGUGACUUUGAUGCCCCUGGCACCAUUAUGGGCCACACUCUUCUUUUUUAUGUUACUUAUAUUGGGCCUGGGCAGUCAGUUUGUUGGGGUAGAGGGUUUGGUAACCGGAAUCAUGGACAUGCUUCCUCCAAAAUGUGCUCAGGGCUACUUGCGACGAGAGGCAGUAGCAGGCAUCUGCUGUAUCAUCUGUUUUAUUAUUGACUUGUCCAUGGUCACAGAGGGAGGGAUGUAUGUCUUCCAGUUGUUUGACUACUAUUCUGCCAGUGGUAUCACUCUGCUGUGGCAGGCUUUCUGGGAGUGUGUGGUGAUUGCUUGGGUUUAUGGCGCAGACCGUUUCAUGGAUGAUGUGGCUCGUAUGAUUGGUUAUCAGCCUUUGCCUUACAUGAAGUGGUGCUGGUCCUACAUCACGCCCCUUGUUUGUGUAGGAGUGUUCCUUUUCCAUGUGGUGAACUUCAAGCCCCUAUCCUACAACACUGUGUACACCUACCCAUUAUGGGGUGAAAUGCUUGGCUGGGCAUUGGCUCUUUCCUCUAUGCUUUGUAUCCCACUUACUGUUAUCUUCAAGUUGCUGCGCUGCAAAGGAUCACUGCGCGAGCGGUGGACAUACCUCAUCACCCCACUUUGGGGCAGCCAUCACCUGGAGUAUCUUAUCCCAGAGAAUGAGGCCAAACUGCUGUCUACUGCAAGACCCAAGAAUACUCAUCUCUCCGAAAGUGUCAUCUGAUCUCAAAGCAGCCAUAAAGCACAAAACCCUUGUUGUCCUUUUGAUAUCAGCAAACACCCACACUAAUUCUACUAAUACUUAUAGGGGCUCUUAGCAACAUGGACACAGAUGCUUAGAGGGCGCUAACUUUCCAAUGUAUUUGAAAUGUUAUGUCCGACCCUCUUAUGGCUUCUAGGACAAAUGUACGUAACAAAUGCACGCGCAUUAGCUUUGGGUAUUGACAGCUAAUAGCGAUUCGGAUAGGUAGCAUUGGCUAUUGAAUGUAUCAUAACAACUACACAACUACAAAUUGUUCGUUACUUCUCUUAGACAGCUUUUGUAUGUGUGCACGCUGCCUGCGCGCCCCAAUCGUUUCAUUCCGGCCGAAAAAAUAUAUAUUACCUAAAAUUAAUAAUUGUGAAAAAUAUAGACAAUUGUAAAACAAUCUGCUGUUAAACCACUAAUGGCAACAUGAUAGCCAAUGGUGUUUUUGUUAUAUUUUUAACUUUAAAAAAUAACUGAGCAAGUGCAGACAGCCCCUUUAAAUGGUAAACUCUUUGUCUGAUGAGAGCUAAAUCAGAGCACCCUGAGUUGUAAAAGGAAUAAAAAAAACGUGCAGGCAGAGAAAUACAAAAAUAUCUCUAAUGGACCUAACUUGUAUUCUAAUACUUAUCAUCGUGUGACUUCCAGUUUUAAAUUUAAAAUGCAGAAAAAUAACGUAUGUUCAACCGAACCGAACUACACAUUCACAGAAAAAUAAAUCCAAGUUCUUUCAAAGAACACUAGCUGAUUUACUAUAACUGAAGUAUUUUGUGGCCAUUGUUGGGGGACCUAUAAUGAUUUUUUUUUUAACUUAUAAAUGUUGUUACACAAUGUUGGAUACUGUGUUAAACAAUGCCCAAAUGACAAAUAAUAAGGUUCAUGCAUUUGGGUGGGCCCUUUGUGAUGUCACAGUCUGACGGAUGUGAAUGCAGCCACUUUAAUUAAUGCUCUCUGCCAGGCCCCGCCUCUCUGCUCUCUUCAGCCCAUUUCUGGAGCCUUCAGUGUUGUUCCUUUUCGUUUCAUGCUUCCCCGCUUGCUUUGAUGCCAAUAAAAUACAUCCAUGUUUUACCUCCCCCGAUGCCAACGUUAGCUCAUCACUUGGCCAUCGCUGAACAUAAACAGUUCAUCCGGACAGCGUUCACAUCAUCGCUGGGGAUUUUAAUAAAGCAUGUCGGAAGAAGAGUACUAGCACAUCUAAUGUGCAACCAGUACGUUUAUGUGGGGCGGUAUAGCUCGGUUGGUAGAGCGGCCGUGCCAGCAACUUGAGGGUUGCAGGUUCGAUCCCCGCUUCCGCCAUCCUAGUCACUGCCGUUGUGUCCUUGGGCAAGACACUUUACCCACCUGCUCCCAGUGCCACCCACACUGGUUUGAAUGUAACUUAGAUAUUGGGUUUCACUAUGUAAAGCGCUUUGAGUCACUUGAGAAAAAGCGCUAUAUAAAUGUAAUUCACUUCAAUUCACUUCAACUAGGGGAGAAAACACUCGAUCAUGUUUUCACAAACAGACAUGCCUACAGAGCAAGCCCCUCUCCCACCUCGGAGACUCAGACCACCUCUCUGCUCCUCCACUCAUGCUACACCCCCUUCAGGAGGCAAGCAAAUACAGCCUCUCAAAUCUUUAAAACCUGGCCUGAAAACACUCCUCCAGCUGCAGGACUGCUUUGCCUGCACAGAGUGAAGCAUUCUUGAAGAGCAGGAUCUGGACACAUUCACAGAGUUUGUCCUUUACAUCAAGAGCUGCGCAGAAAAUGUCACAGGGAAGACUCAUCCGGGUCUUCCCAAACAAGCCCUGGAUGACAAACGAAGUCCAGACUCUGAUCAGAGCCCCAUACUCAGUCUUUAGGACAGAGGACCAGGGUUCUCUAUAGCACUGCCAGAGCCGACCUAAGGAGACGCAUCAAAAAGGCCAAGGACUCUCACAAAAGGAAAAUGGAGGGAUACUUGAUGGACAAUCACCCGCAUCAGAUGUGGAACGGCAUCCAGACCUAACUAACCACAGAGGCCACCGCUCUCCCACACUACCCGGCAGCGGCAGGCUGGCAGAGGAGCUGAACGGCCUCCUUGCUAGUUUGAGACCACCACCACACCUAGACCUCAGCAUUCAACACCAUCACCCCGGACAUUCUUUACAACAAACUCCUGCAGCUUCAGGUCGUCUUUGUGAAUUAGUGAAUUUUUACACAGUGAAACCCAUUAUCUAAGUUACAUUUAAAGGCCUACUGAAAGCCACUACUACCGACCACGCAGUCUGAUAGUUUAUAUAUCAAUGAUGAAAUCUUAACAUUAUAACACAUGCCAAUACGGCUGGGUUAACUUAUAAAGUGACAUUUUAAAUUUGCCGCUAAACUUCCGGUUCGAAACGCCUCUGAGGAUGACGUGUGCGUGUGACGUAGCCCGGCGAACACGGGUAUGCCUUCCACAUUGAAGCCGAUACGAAAAAGCUCUGUUUUCAUUUCAUAAUUCCACAGUAUUCUGGACAUCUGUGUUCGUGAAUCUGUUUCAAUCAUGUUCAUUGCAUUAUGGAGAAGGAAGCCAAGCAAGCAAAGAAGAAAGUUGUCGGUGCAAAAUGGACGUAUUUUUCGAACGUAGUCCGCCACAACAGUACACAGCCGGCGCUUCUUUGUUUACAUUCCCGAAAGAUGCAGUCAAGAUAGAAGAACUCGGAUAACAGAGACUCUAACCAGGAGGACUUUUGAUUUGGAUACACAGACGCCUGUAGAGAACUGGGACAACACAGACUCUUACCAGGAUUACUUUGAUUUGGAUGACAAAGACGCAGACGUGCUACUGUGAGUAUGCAGCUUUGGCUUUUUUUUGCGUAUGUACGUAACUUUUUUUAAAUAUAUAAGCUUUAUGAACCUUGGGUUAGGUGAACGGUCUUUUGGGCUGAGUGAUUGUGUGUGUUGAUCAUGUGUUUGAAUUGUAUUGGCGUGUUCUAUGGAGCUAGGAGCUAGCAGAGGAGCUAGGAACUAGCAUAACACGUACCGUACCGUACGUGCGCGUCACGUACGUAACUUUUUAAAAAUAUAUAAGCUUUAUGAACCUUGGGUUAGGUGAACGGUCUUUUGGGCUGAGUGAUUGUGUGUGUUGAUC